GUAUCAUGUCUCGGUCCCAGAGGAAUACUCAUGUCAGAGAGUUACGACGAUCAGCUCCAUCCAGCACAGUUCGAAAACCACACAUAUCCACCACCUCUAAGUGGCUCGUAUGGAGCCCUCAAUCUCGACAAGUCCUGGCUCACGGCUGCCGAAAGAUACGGUCCAUAUGGUCUGGGAGAAGACGAGGAAAAUUACACCAGAAGUCGAGUAGACUGGUCCACCAUCGAUUGGGCAGACUUGCAGAACAAUUGUUCAGAGGCCAACCACCAACGACUUCCCAAUGCCCACGCUUUCGAUGACGGCCAUCCAAGGUUCACAUACCGCAAAAGGUCAUGGCAAGAGAAGUGGCUACCUUCUGUGUUCACCACUCCGAGCAUCAAUCCCAGACCGGCCACCCAGACAUUCCAUCGUUCGGCUAUCGUUGUUCGUGUGUGGUCUACGUACAACUACCAUCCAGAGGACAUGUGGAACUUGAGAUCGCUUGUCGCAGAGACUGCCCUUGCAACCGGUGGAGAAUAUGCCGUCUUUCUUCUGGUCGAUGUGAAAGAUAACGAGGCAGGCAUUCACACAAACCCAGAAGCAUAUGACCGCAUCCUCCGCGAAGCAGUUCCACCGGAAUUUCAAAAAAUUGCUGUACUUUUCGAUGACUCUCUACUGGAAAGCUGGUAUCCUGAUGUCGGCGAGCAUCUGGCCAUCAUGCAAAUCAUGCAGCCUUUGCAGAUUUUUGCUCAGUUCUAUCCCGAGUUUGAUCAUUACUGGCAGAUAGAAGUCGACUCGCGCUUCUUGGGACACACUGGAGAUAUGCUUGACAAGUUCUCGGAUUUUGCCAGGAAUGAACCGCGCAAGCAAGCUCGCGAAAGAGCAUCUUGGGCGUACAUGUCGGAUUACCAUGGCUCAUAUGACGACUUCUUCAGCACUAUCGACGAUAAGCUGAACGGAACUUCUUCUGUAUGGGGCAAUGUCGAUAUCCAUGACUUCGAUCCUAUUGGCCCCAAACCGCCUGUCAAGAAUUCUUGCGAAGAGCCCUUCUUGUGGGGAGUGGGUGAAGAGGCUGAUCUGAUCCUUCUCAACACCUUGGAAGAUGCUUCUCGCGACGAGGACUGGCUGUUCAAGGGAUGGCAAUAUGGCUUCUCCAUGGGAUCAAAGCUACCUGUGUUUGUCUCAGUCGUUGCUCAAGGCCGCGCGAGCUGGAAUUUGUUAAACGCGGUCCAUCACGCUCAAGCACAUUCAGGCAUGGCCAUCCCUUCAGAAGCCACACUACCCAGCUUUGCUCUCUGGCACGGCCUUAAGAUCAGUGGUAUACCUCUUCCGGUGUAUCAGUGGCCUGGACGUGACCGCCAUGAGAUGGAGUUUGCUCUUAAUGGAGGCGGUCUGAACGCCUUCCCUGAUGGUAUUGCCAACGGUCCUGCACGAUACCGCGGCAGUUCGAUGGGUUUCUUCACCAAUGGUAUGAGUUGGCAGUGGUGGACGACUUUGCCCGAAGAUUUGGCGAAUCCUUGGUAUAUCAACGAGGUCGACAACCCGAUUUUGCCGGAUAUGUUGUUGAAUGAAGGCGGUAACCUAUACGCUCCCAAUUUGCUUAUUCAUCCAAGGAAGACGAAC